AUGCAAUCCGUCAUUCAACCCCAGAAAACCGCCCUCAUCACCGGCGCUGCUUCAGGCGUGGGGUAUGCCAUCGCCAAGCUCUGUAGAAGCAAGGGCAUGCAUCUGCUGCUACUGGACAUUGAUCAUGAGAAUCUCGCCAAAACAAAAGCAGCAUUGGCGGAGCUCAAUUCAAGUUUGAUUACCGAGGCCUUUGUGCUCGAUGUAGCCGACGCGGCCCUAUGGAAAGAAACCACUCGCCAGAUCGCUGAUAUCGUCCAAGAUAUUGACUUGGUGGUGUUGAAUGCCGGAAAGGGUUAUAAACCUCAGGGAACCGAUACUGGGCGUCUCAAGCCGUGGCUGGAUGGCAAUUAUUGGGAGAAGACUUUCAAUACUAAUGUUCGAGGCCCACUGAAUGGACUGGAAGCUCUUCUUCCUGUUUUGACGGCCUCAAAGAAUAAGGCUCCCAAAUCCAUUGUCAUCACCGGCUCCAAACAAGGCAUCACGAACCCGCCCGGGGCCGGCAACCCCGCAUACAAUGCAUCCAAGGCGGCGAUCAAGAACCUUACGGAGCAUCUCGCCUUCGACCUGCGCUCCGAUCCGGCCACGGAGAAUAUCUCUGCACAUCUCUUGAUCCCCGGCUGGACGUGGACCGGCUUGAUGGGCAAUGUCGGACCUACCGACGAGGCGGAGGUUAAGAAGCCUUCCGGAGCUUGGUAUCCAAGUCAGGUCGCCGAGGAGCUAGCCAAGGGACUUGAAACGGGGGCAUUCUACAUUGUCUGCCCAGACGGAGAAACCGAUCCGGCUCUUGACCAAGCACGGAUGAAAUGGGGUAGCGAGGAUGUUGUUGAAGGACGACCGGCACUCUCUCGCUGGGAGAAGAACUGGAAGAAUCGGGCCGAGGAGGCCAUUCAAGCCGAUGCGAGGACCCGGAGAGCUUAA